AUGCAAAGCGAAGAUGAGUGGCUUCUGUUCUCUAAUACUAGCAGCAGACAGCUCUUUUUUCUACUAAAUGACAUGCCAACCGAAGUGACAGAGACUCUAAAACAGCAGAUAACUACCCUUCUUCCAUCUGUAACAGACAGAAUAGAGACUUUAUACCCACGCGCAGUACAAAUACUAGAGCCCACUGUGCUGCUUCUUCUGCUGACUGGCCUGCGCUCCAAAGGAGUGAAAGAGAUGGAGAUUCCUCUCUAUAAAGGCAUUGAAAAUGUAGGAAAAAACAACCACCCGAAAGUAUAUGAAUGCCUUCAGAUUAAGUGCAAGAAGCUUCCUGAUGAGGGAUGGCUCUACUAUGCAGUAAAGGAUAUAGCAGGAAACAGGAGGGAGCAAGUAAAGGGGAUUGCAAAGCACUUCUUAUUGGCUCUGUGGGAAGACAUAAAAGAGUUUGGCCCACACUGGAACUCAGUGCACAACUACCGAAUUACAUACGACUAA